UUAGCGAAACCGUAAUUUGUAUUCUCGAAUUCAAUAUUUUAUUUCCUCUGUUUAAAAUUAUGCAAGAUGAAAGAUGACACAAACCUCGUUUUCAUACUGUAAAAUUUACAGUGUGCACCACAUGCAAAGUAGGGUAGUCUAUAUAUACAAUUACUCUAUACUAAUUCAUAUUACAGCCUGGUCUGGAUUCAGUCUUGUCCUUUAAUAUCCAAGAUUGAGGAGUUUUCAGGAAACAGACCAACAUGGAAGAUCGAUGCAUGAUCAAGAACGAUGUCACUGAAUUGAUAGGUAACACACCAAUGGUGUAUCUGAACAAAAUUGUUGAUGGUUGUGUGGCUCGUAUCGCUGCCAAGCUUGAGAUGAUGGAGCCUUGCUCUAGCGUCAAAGACAGAAUCGCAUAUAGUAUGAUCAAGGAUGCAGAGGAGAAAGGGAUUAUUACUCCCGGACAGAGUACAUUGAUCGAGCCAACGGCUGGUAACACUGGGAUUGGUUUAGCCAGCAUCGGAGCUGCAAGAGGCUAUAAAGUGAUCCUUGUGAUGCCUUCCAUUAUGAGCUUAGAGAGAAGAAUUAUUCUAAGAGCUUUAGGUGCAGAGCUUCAUCUCACAGACGUGGGCAUUAACAUUAAAGGAAUGUGGGAGAAAGCGGAAGCGAUUCUAAGCAAAACUCCUGGUGGUUACAUUCCCCAACAGUUUGAGAAUCCUGCAAACCCAGAGAUUCAUUACCGAACCACGGGACCGGAGAUAUGGAGGGAUUCAGCUGGGAAAGUAGAUAUAUUGGUGGCUGGUGUUGGGACUGGUGGAACAGCUUCUGGAGUAGGGAAGUUCCUCAAGGAGAAGAAUAAAGACAUUAAGGUUUGUGUGGUGGAACCUCUAGAGAGUCCGGUACUGAGCGGAGGCCAACCAGGUCAACAUUUGAUCCAGGGAAUUGGUUCUGGUAUCAUCCCAUUCAAUUUGGACUUAACCAUUGUUGAUGAAGUUAUUAAAGUGACAGGUGAGGAAGCCAUGGAAACAGCAAGGCUUCUUGCCCUCAAAGAAGGAUUAUUGGUGGGAAUAUCAUCUGGAGCCGCGGCAACGGCUGCGUUAAAGGUUGCAAAACGGCCAGAAAAUGCAGGGAAACUCAUUGUGGUUAUUGUCUGGUUUGCAGGUGGUUUUUCCCAGUGGGGGAGAACGUUAUUUAUCGACUAAACUGUUCGAUUCAGUUAGAUAUGAAGCAGAGAAUUUGCCUAUUGAGUGAAUGAGGGUUGAUGUGUGAUUCGGUUUGGUUUGGUAAGAGAUGUUCGCCAAGAUUACAGUUUGAUUACUUUACUCAUUGUAAAAUCUAUAGAAGUUACAUAUUCGAUGAUGAAUAAUUAGAACUGGUGGAAGUUACUCAUUUGUAAAGCAAAAGUUUCGUAAUUUUAUAAAAUAAAGUUUUAACAGUAA